AUGACUAAUUUUGGUUUUGGCGAGAAAUGGGUGGGGUGGAUGACGACUUGCAUAUCCACAACUCGAAUAUCAGUGUUAGUAAAUGGAUCACCAACUUCAGAGUUUUCUCCCAUGAAAGGCCUUAGGCAUGGUGAUCCACUUUCACAUUUUCUCUUUAACAUUGUAGUAGAGGGCCUUAAUAUUGUAAUGGAAAGAGCAAAGGAAGAGGGCCUAAUUAUAGGAGCAUCUGUAGGACCAAAUGAGUUAAAACUAUCACACUUGCAGUUUGCCGAUGAUACUAUUAUUUUUUGUGAAGCUGAGUGGGAGGAAGUUAUUGCUGUGAAAGGAAUUUUAAGAUGCUUUGAGUUGAUGUCAGGACUUAAAAUAAAUUCCAUAAAAGUAAGGUAUGGCAAAGAGGAGGCAGCUAUGUGGAAACAAGUGGUAUGUAGUAAGUAUGGAGGUUUAGGCGGCAGAUGGUAUCCCUUAUUUAUAAGAUCAGUGUGGAUGUCGAAUACGUGGCAAGAUAUGCUAUCAGUGACUGUAGCAAAUACUACUCUGCCUGAAUUCUUUUUGCAAAACUUUAAGUUAGUUAUCGGAAAUGGUAGACGAUUUCAAUUCUGGACUGAUAGGUGGUGUAACAACCAAAAUCUGAGUGUGACAUUUCCCAGAUUAUUCACUUUGUCAGUUGACAAAGAUGGCAAUUUGUUUGAUUUUUUCCAUAGAAGAGAAGUGGAUUCAGACUGGAAACUAGUAUUUAGAAGACCUCUUUUAGCAUGGGAAGAUGAGGAAGUGCUGAAACUUAAUGACCUAUUGCAGAAUGCACCUAGGCUCAAUGAAGGGGUGUUAGACUCUUGCUCUUGGUUAGCUCGUCCUUCUGGAGCUUUUAUUGUGGCAUCAACUUGGAAGUGGGUGGAAGCAAGUCAAGGGCCAGAUUUUACAGUCACUAGAAGUAUUUGGAACAAUUUAGCCCCUCCCAAAGUUCAAUUCCUGAGCUGGUUAGCGUGA